UCUUUCCUGUCAUACAGGCAGCAACGCCCCCAAAUGAUGCAUCCGAGCGCAGAAGUAAGUCCAGAGGAGGAGCAAGCGCCUCCCCCCGCGCCGGACGGAGGCCUGGGGAGCGCCGGGCCGGAGCGGGCGGACGAGGAGGCAGACGAGGCGGACGAAGCGGACGACGAGGAGGCGGACGAGGCGGACGAGGCGGACGAGGCGGAGAGCGUGCCCCCGAGAGCCACGGCGAGCAAGAGCAAUAACAUGAGCGCGUCUCCCUUGGCCACGGCCGAGGAGAGCUCAGUGGACGACUAUGCAGAGCUAACAGAUGCCCUUGCAAUAGAUUGUGAAAUGGUGGGUGCUGGACAGAGAGGCAGAAUAUCUAUGCUAGCAAGAGUUUCUGUUGUAAAUGAAUAUGGCAUAGUACUUCUGGACAAGUAUAUUAAGCCCUGGAAGAAGGUUGUCGACUACAGGACAAAAUAUUCAGGGAUUCGAGAAGCUGACUUAAAAUAUGGGGAAGAUUUUGGCCAUGUCAGGAAGCAGGUGCUAGAGAUGCUUAAGGGGAGAGUAUUGGUAGGCCAUGCAUUGAAACAUGACCUUCAGGCACUUUCCAUUACUCAUCCAAGAGCACUUACCAGAGACACAUCAGUGUAUAAAGUUUUCCGUAACAAGUUUGAAGGUAAGACUCCGUCCUUAAAGAAUCUGAGCAUGAAGUUUUUGGGUAUGAAGAUCCAGGAAGGGGAGCAUAACUCAGUUGAAGAUGCACAAGCAACAAUGAGUCUGUACAUGCUUUGUCGAAAGCAGUGGGGUCCUAAACAGAAGAAGAAGAACAAUGCUGUUAAAGAAUAUUAUAAGUAUGAACCAAGAAAAGAAAGCAAAAGAACCAACGUCACGUCAACUUCAUACUUAGGCCAAGUCAACAAAUUAUCAAAGCUCCCAUCAUUUGAAACCAAAAACGACAAGAAUAUUGAAAUUGUGACAAUAUACGGUAAUCAACAGGAAUUAGAAAAGGAUGAAGAGAAGGCAAAAUGUGAGAGUUCAGAAUUGAAAAAAGGCCAAUCUGCAAAUGACCUUUCAACACUCAGUUCUAAUGCCAUCCAGACAGAAAAGACAAGUGGUAGUAGUAUUAUGUCAACCCCAGGACAACAGAAGGAGAUGUAAAAACCAGGCAAAAGCAUCUGCCGAAGAACUGGAUCCAGCAUGCUGACCUUAAAUCAGUGAGUUGGUCACUGUUUAUGACAUAUUUUUCCAGUACGUUUUUUUUCUGCAGUACUAAUAGAUUGAGAAGAAUUACAGUGAAAUGUUGUUAAUUGUUACAGGUACAAGAUGCACAAGUGGUAAUGCUAGGUUAAGAAUGUAACCAUCAACAGUGAAGGAACAAUGUAACAAAAUAAAAAGAAAAUGAGGUUAAAAAAAACAAAAAAGACAAAAGAAGGAAAAGAAAUGCAGAAACCAAGAUGGCAAUACCAAAUAAGGAGCUUUCUUUCUUUCUUUUUAUAAGUAAAAUUUGUAUUUGUUUUUGUAUCUAAUAUUUUUUUGUUAACAUUACAAGGUUUAGAGAUGACUGCUUUAUGAUUUUAUUGUGUAAUUAAAGUUAUUGUUUUCAGUUCAGUUACUUUACCAGAUACUGCUAUGUUUGUGUUCUCACAAAAGAAAAUAAUCAGGUAGACUGAAAAGAAUGAGAUUUAUAAGGAUAUAUAUUAUAAACAUUUCUUUGUCACAUUUGUUAAUUAAAAAUAGUUAACAUUGGUCAA